UGGGCGCAUAUGAUGUUUCAACUCAUUCAAUUUUAACGCCACUACAUUUAGGUGUAAAAAAAAAAAAUUGACGCAUAACAGAAACAUACAAAUGAAAUUAAAGUCCUGCAUUACCUAAGUAGUCCAAUAUCUGUAAACGUCCCUCAAAUUAGUGUUAUUAAUUUACUGACAAAAUAACUAUAUAUAUAUAUAAGGUUGAUCAAUUGAAUAAUUUACUCAAUAAAUACCUAAUUUUGAUUUUUUCGAUGAUACCUACUAAACCAGGUUAAAACCAUGGCGGUUCCUAUUUAAUAUUAAGACAUUAGACAACCAUCAGUUAUCUCGUAUUUUUAUUUUCUUUGUAUAAUUGUAAAAGACUGUUCUGAGUCCAUACUUAUGGCCCACGGGUAUAUUAUAAUUAUUAAUGUAUAAAUAAAAAAAUACGUUCAAAGUGUGGAAUGUAUAGCAUAAAUCAUCACUUGUCAUAUUUAUAUAGGUAUAUUAAUGGUAUAUUAUUCAUAACUUUAAUUUAUGCGCAAUACCUAGAAUCAUUUCGUCGGCUGUGAAGUUAUUUAUAACUUAUAAGUUACAACUAUAAUAAUUUAAUAUAGACGUCGGGUUUUAUUUUGCAUCGAACGUAAUGAGUGAUGACAGAUGAUGGGUAGGUAUAACGGAUAAUGGUUGAUAUUGAUUUUAUAUACAGGAGGCGUCACGAUUAUCUAACAUUUUCAAAUGUAAUUUUAAUGUAAAAUUUUUGUUUUAUCUCCGCAAUACACCGUGUAUAAUACAAAAUACAUUAUUUUCAUUUUAUUUGGUUUUCCGACGAAAUUAACUCGUCUAAAAUGAUGUAGUGGCGUCAAAUUGCAUGCGCCCAAUGUAGGUAGUCCAAAUAACCGCGUUUAUUUUACGCUCGUCGAAAUGCCAUAGAUAGGUGGGUACACCUAUUAUAUUCAGUAUAAACAUAACAUCUUUGUAAACUGCUACUAACUUCAUGGUGUUUGUUACCAUAGAAAUGCUUGAACAUGACAAUUAUGUCAAUGGAUUAGAUAUAUCUAAUAUAUCCUAUAUAUAGGACUGAACAUUGUUUUCUAGCUUAUAUUUUAAUUUAAUUUUUUGCUGUUAAUUUUUAUACUCAUAUACUGCCUAAAAAUGUGCAUAAUUGCGUUUUUGACUUGUUGUGUAACCUAUACAUGAUAACUGAUGAUUUCCUAUAGUAUGUAUAAUGUAUUUCCAUGUUUCAUAAAAAAAAAAAAAAAAAUUGUAAUUUGGAUCACUUGCCAUGAAAAAUACCAUAUUAUUGUCGUCAGUCGGAUAUAUACCUACUUACCUCCGUUUUAAAGAAUAAAUUCACACGAUGCGUUAGCCAAAAACAUCACUACCGCGUAUUUUUUUCUACCUCUGCAUCGUUUCUUCGCCCGUGAUGCCCAUUAUUAACAAUGAUAAUAAUUACGAUAAAUCAUUAUAGAUUUUUGUCGUGGUUUUUUAUGCGGUUGGGGUUGUCGAUGGCGAUCAGUAUAGUUUCGCUGCCCUACACAGAUAUAUUCUAUUCUACGCCAUAGUAUUUAUCUGUGUUGCCCUAACAACCUGCACAGCGAAUAAUAAUAAUACUAUAUUCGUCUACCUCUGUCCUCUACACUAUAUAGUUAAACUGUAAAUAUUGUUGCCGUCUCUGCAGUUCCACCGCGACAUGGCCAGUAACAAUAAACUGGAUUUGGUCACUUCGGAUUUGUUCAACGACCAAUUAACAUUAGGCCUGUUGACCGUUCUCGAAAACACUGUGGGAGUGAGAAACUUGUCGGUCAAACAAAGUCUACCGUGUGACAAAGCAAAAAUAAGUCUGUGGGAGCAGCGGAACGGGUGUCUACUGCCAGACGACAUCAAGUCGUUUUAUUUAUCAUGCGACGGAUUCAAGUUGACUUGGUCGUACAGAGUCGAAGGUAUCACGUCUGAUGUAGCAGCUGCUGCCGUCGGUGGCACUUCCAACUUACCCAUUGGAAACAUCACCGUAAAUCCGCUGUCCGAUUUGGUCCGUCUGUGCGACGUUAAAUCGGACACGGUCAACGUAAACGUGAUGCGUGAUCUACAAUUGCUGGACCGGCUGUCCGACAGGAACACGCCAGACUUCACAGAGAACUCAAAGAUAUUUGAAUUGGACUCGAGCUCGGACGUAGGCCAUGUGUGCCUGGUGUACCUGGAUGAUCGGACGUCAGUGGCAUCUGUGGCGGCGAACCGGUCGGACGUCCAUCCACGCGAAGAGCACAGCAGCGCGUCAGUUUGGCUGUUGGACACAACGUAUCGCUGGCACUUGCUCGCUCCGAACUUCAGCAACUAUUUCAGAAAGGCUCUGGUCCACAUGGGCCUACCCCAUUGGCAACUUAAGUUUACCGACAUGGGACUCACGUCCAUCGGCGAGUUUUUCAUGAAUUUGAUGGCCCCUCAUUUGAACGUGACUGAUCGAGUUCCUAUAAUCGGCCAAUUAGACGAUGACGAACAGUGUACUAUAGAUAACGCUGCACCACUAAACCACUUUGAUCCUAGUAUUUUAAAAACCACAUUCAAAAUGUCCAAAAGUAAAAAAAAAUAAGACCAAAUAAGAGUUCCUAUUUGAAUUAAGUUAUUUAUUUUAAUUAAUGGACUGUUAAUGUAUAACAAAAUUCUUUGAAAAAUAAUAAAUUAAACUAAGUUUAAAAUAAAAAUAUUUAUCUAUGCUCGGAAUUAAUUAUAUUAUGGUAUCAACUAUAGUCGUGGACUCGAAAAAUGAGCACUGACCGACGACCGUUAUGCACGUUUGGUAUUUUAAUCUCUUAAUAUAUUUAAUUUUUAUUUACAUAAUAUUAUCUCGAAAUAAAUAGACAAAUUAGUCAAUUCUGAUAUAACCAUGGUGUAUUUGUGCACUAUUAUUCCAAAAUAUACACACACACAAACAAACUAAUAUUAAUAAACAUGUUAUAUAUACGGUAUUACGAUUUUAAAAACCCUUAUAAAUUCAUUAAUCAGAUACAUGCGAAUAGACUGUUUUAAGAGAUUUAUUUUAAUGUUCUGAAACUUUGGUCAAAGCUUUUUUCUUAGCAGGUAUUUUUUUGUUCGUUAGAGGUCCUUUUAGUUUCAUGUGGUAGAAUAACUUUUUAUUUGAUGUCUUAGAUAUUUCAGCCUUCAGGGUUAAUAGUAUUAAAUUAAAACAAACGUAUAAAAAUGAUAUAAUGUAUAUAAAAUGUUGUCAAAAAUUACGAAGAUUGUACCUACACAUUUAUGUAGUUAGUUAAAAAUAUAUUAAUUAGGUAUUUCAAUAGGUAGGUACAUUGGCGCAACUAGGUCUAAAAUAUUAGGGAGACUGCAGGCCCACAAAUAAAUACUUAAUUUAAUUUACUUAUUUUCAUGCUUUCCAAAAAACCAAGAGGAUCGUCUGGAUUAUUUUCAUAUCAAUAGUAACAACUGUGAAAAUACGGAUUUUUGGUGUAUUAAAAAUAAUAAAUAAGUUUUUUUGUCCAUUUUUCAUCAAAAUAAAACUAAAAUAUUGGAUGGUGACCGCCAUAAUGCCGCUGGUCGAUAUGCCCGCAUAAUAUUUAUAUUAUAAAAAUAUUUUUAAUGAAUAUUUGAAUUACCUAUAUGUAUAUUGGAAAAUAAACUAAUAUUUUAUAUUUAUACAAUUUAAUUUUGAAUAAUUCUGUUAUAAUAAUUGUUUACGUCAUAUUGUAUAAGACGUAUCUCACAUUAUCACUAUUUUAUGCUUAAAUUAUUAUUUAAUCUUAAAUAAUCAUAACAAUUUGGGGGAGGGGAGACUAAAAUUUAUUUUGAGGGGGCUAAAUCCCCUUAAGUCCCCCCUAGCUGCGCCAAUGAAUAGCUAUUAUAGCUACAAUAUUUCUUAUAUGAGUAGUUCUAAUUGAAACUCAAAAAUAUAAAAGCACAAUUUAUUUUUAUAGACAUUUGAAGUACAAAUCUUGAUAAAAUUGGAUUUAUUGGAUCUUAUAAACUAUAAAAUAAGAAAUUUUAGGGAUUUAAAGUUUUAUGUAGAUUAUUAUAUUUUACUGUGCACAAAGUAAAAAAUAUUUAUACCGUGUAACUUAUGAUAAAAUAAAUAACUAUAAUAGCAAUAUAAAUAUAUAA